GCAAGUGGUUUAGUGCACUGGGUGCAUGGCUGCAGGUCGCAGGGGAUGAAGCUGGAGCGGACCAAUCUGGAGGCCUUGCAGAAGAAGCUGGAGGAGCUGGAGCUGGAUGAACAGCAGCGGAAGCGCCUCGAGGCCUUUCUUACCCAGAAGCAGAAGGUGGGGGAACUGAAGGAUGACGACUUUGAGAAGAUCAGUGAGCUGGGCGCCGGCAAUGGUGGUGUGGUGUUCAAGGUCUCCCACAAGCCAUCCGGCCUCGUCAUGGCCAGAAAGCUAAUUCACCUGGAGAUCAAGCCUGCAAUCCGGAACCAGAUCAUAAGGGAGCUUCAGGUUCUGCAUGAGUGCAACUCCCCGUACAUCGUGGGCUUUUAUGGUGCGUUCUACAGCGACGGCGAGAUCAGCAUCUGCAUGGAGCACAUGGAUGGGGGUUCCUUGGAUCAAGUCCUGAAGAAAGCUGGAAGAAUUCCUGAACAAAUUUUAGGAAAAGUUAGCAUUGCUGUAAUAAAAGGCCUGACGUACCUGAGAGAGAAGCACAAGAUUAUGCACAGAGAUGUCAAACCUUCCAACAUCCUAGUGAACUCCCGUGGGGAGAUCAAGCUCUGUGACUUUGGGGUCAGCGGGCAGCUCAUCGACUCCAUGGCCAACUCCUUCGUGGGCACGAGGUCCUACAUGUCGCCAGAAAGGCUCCAAGGGACUCAUUACUCGGUGCAGUCGGACAUCUGGAGCAUGGGGCUCUCUCUGGUUGAGAUGGCGGUCGGGAGGUAUCCCAUCCCUCCUCCAGAUGCCAAGGAGCUGGAGCUGAUGUUUGGAUGCCAGGUGGAGGGAGAUGCGGCUGAGACCCCACCCAGGCCACGGACCCCUGGGAGGCCCCUCAGCUCUUAUGGAAUGGACAGCCGGCCUCCUAUGGCAAUCUUCGAGUUGUUGGAUUACAUAGUCAAUGAGCCUCCACCAAAACUGCCCAGUGGAGUAUUCAGUCUGGAAUUUCAAGAUUUUGUGAAUAAAUGCUUAAUAAAAAACCCCGCCGAGAGAGCAGAUUUGAAGCAACUCAUGGUUCACGCUUUCAUCAAGAGAUCUGAUGCUGAGGAAGUGGAUUUUGCAGGUUGGCUCUGCUCCACCAUCGGCCUUAACCAGCCCAGCACGCCCACCCACGCAGCUGGCGUCUAAGCACCGGGAAGAGUCCCCGCGCGGGGCAUGCCGUGUUGCGCUCGGGCCCCUUUCCCACGCCUGUCUCUGUUCAGACGUGCACUUCACCUAUGACAAAGGAUGAGGAAGAACACAGCAUGUGCCAAAAUUCUCUUCGUGUCAUUUGAAUAUUAUUGCCUUUAUUCUCAUCACGAUUGUUACUCCCCUGAGUGGAUUGGCUUUGUGCUUGGGGCUAUUUUUGUGUAUGUCGAUGAUCAAAACAUGUGCAGUGUGGAGUUACAGUGAAACUCUGGUGGCUGUGGGUAGUCAUUCUUACUGAAAACUGCACUGCUCUCCUGCACCGUGACUGGCUAGCCGCCCCCUAUUUUCAGGAUCCUUUGACACCUGGUGGUACUUCCUUCUUGCCAAGCGCACCUUCUUUCUGUCGGAGUAGGAAGGGGCCUUGUGAGAUCCUUCACAGGCAGUGCAUGUGAAGCAUGCUUUGCUGCUAUGAAAAUGAGCAUCAGAAAGUGUGUAUCAUGAUAUUUUAUUAUAUUUUUGCUUUUGGUGUAGAGUUCAGCAAUUUCCAUCAAAAUCUAGCCAGGGCCCUUCACUGCCAUGAUAGCUGGAGCUUCACCAGUCUGUCUGCUGUGGUGAUUUGUAGACUUCUGGUUGUAUUUCUAUAUUUAUUUUUAAAUAUACCAUGUUGAGAUAUUUAGUGAUAUGUCUGAGUUUGGAUUCGUGUUUCUAAAAUGGUGGAGUUACUUUGAAUAUUAUAAAUGGAUCAAGGCAUUAAAAUGUAUGAGAUUUAUCUUUCCCGAAACCCAAGUACUGAUGCUAUUGUAAACAAGUGUGUAUAGUGCCUAAAAACUGUAUGAAAAUCCUUUUACCACUUUAAUCCAGAUGUUUAACAAAUCUACUCUCUUAUUCUAAUAAAUAUACUAUCAAAUUCCAA